UGUCUUCUUUCUUCAAUGAUGAGGUUGAUAAAUAGAGUAGGAGGGAUUAGAAGAAUUUCUACUAAUAUAAAUACAAAUGCAUUGCAAGCAUACUUUAAGCAACAGUUUCCUAGCUUACCAGAAGAGAUAAACGAACAAGUCGCAUUGAGAGCAGUAACACACAAAUCGAUAGCUGGUAUACAUGAGGAUCAUCAAUCUAGAUUAAGUUUUCUCGGUAGAAGGACGCUCAGAUUUCAACUAAUGCUGCAUUUACUCGAAAGCGGGAAGAGCGUCGAGGAUGAAUUGUUCAGAUGUUUAGAUACUAGCAAGUUGGGUGAAACAAUAGGGAAUGAUUGGGAAUUAGAGAGAGUUAUGCGGUGGUCUACGAACAGUGAGAACUCAGGCGUAUAUAAAGUGAGAGGAUCUACGGUUGAAGCUGUCGUUGGUGCUAUUUCACAUCAAUAUGGACAAGAAAUUUCUAAUAAAAUAUUUAAAUCGAAAAUAUUGCCAAAACUUGGCUUGUACUAAGUCGAUAUGGAUGAAUUAUUACAGUCUAUUAUAGACAAACGA